GAGAAAGAUAGGGGUGGCUGAAGAAGAAAGAGAUGGAGGAGCAAGCACAAAGUAGGGAGGAAACCGGCAGAAGCAGCCGCGUGACGGGAAGGAAGAGCGACAUGCGGCUGAUAUUUAUGCGUGCUGAUAGUGUCGAUGCGUGGCUGAUGACCUUCGGUGCGAUGGGCGCCGUGGGGAGCGGGUUUUCCUUUGCUUUGAUGUUCAUCAUGUCGAGCAAGAUCAUGAACGAUAUGGGCAAGGGCAAUGGACUCUCCUCGUCAGGCUCGCUUCCAAUUCACGACGUUAAUAAGAAUGUGGUGAACUUUCUCCUCGUGGCGUGCUGGUCAUUUCUAGCUUCCUUCUUAGGUAUCGAUCUUUUUGGCAUUCUUUGUUUCCGGUGUGUUUGUUUAGAGCAUGGUGCUUACUUACACUUGGCGACGCUGGUUGCAGAGGGAUACUGCUGGACAAGGACAGGACAGAGACAGGCCUCGCGAAUACGUGCUCGGUACCUUAAAUCUGUCCUAAGGCAGGACAUUGAGUACUUCGACCUUGAAGGGACUUCCACCACAGAUGUUAUCACCAGUGUUUCCAGUGACAGUCUUGUCAUCCAAGAUGUCCUCGGUGAAAAGCUGCCAGACUUCAUAAAAAACACUGCUACAUUCUUCGGCUGCUACCUUGUUGGGUUCGUCAUUGAAUGGAGACUGGUACUCGUGGCGUUUCCUACAGUAGUACUCCUCAUAAUACCAGGCCUCAUGUAUGGGAGAAUGUUGAUAGGUCUCGCUAAAAGGAUUAGGGAAGAGUACAACAAAGCUGGCACAAUAGCUGAACAAGCCAUCUUCUCCAUCCGCACGGUGUACUCCUUCGUUGCAGAGAACAAGACCAUGGCCGAGUUCUCCACAGCUCUUAACAGCUCUGUCGAGCUUGGAGUCUACCAGGGACUCCUCAAAGGAAUUGCGAUCGGAAGCAACGGAAUCAUCUUUGCGAUCUGGGCAUUCAUGGCUUGGUAUGGCAGCCACCUCAUCAUGUACCACGGUAGUCAGGGUGGUAGUAUUCAUGGGGCAGGAGUUUGCAUUGUUCUCGGUGGCCUGGCAUUUGGGUCGGGCCUUUCCAAUGUGAAAUAUUUUGCAGAAGCGACCGCAGCUGGGGAACGUAUUGCAGAGGUUAUAAAGAGAGUACCGAAAAUUGACUCAGAGUGCACAGGGGGAGAUAUUAUAGAGGAUGUUAGAGGAGAAGUGGAGUUCAGAGGAGUAGAGUUCUCAUACCCAUCUAGGCCUGAGACCAAAAUUUUAAAGGAUUUCAACCUGAAGGUUCCGGCUGGGAAGAUGGUGGCACUGGUCGGUAGCAGUGGGUCAGGCAAGUCGACGGUGGUCACAUUGUUGGAGAGGUUCUAUGACCCGGCAAGAGGAGCGGUUUUUGUAGAUGGUGCAGACAUCAGAAAGCUUAACCUCAAAUGGUUAAGAUCGCAGAUGGGAUUGGUGAGCCAAGAGCCAACGCUAUUCGCUACAUCUAUCAAGGAGAACAUACUGCUCGGAAAAGAAGACGGAUCCAUGGAGGAGGUGGUGGCAGCUGCUAAGGCCUCCAAUGCCCACAGCUUCAUCUCUCAGCUGCCUCAAGGAUACGACACACAAGUAGGCGAGGGUGGGAUUCAAAUGUCUGGAGGUCAGAAACAAAGGAUAGCAAUCGCUAGGGCAAUACUGAAGUCACCAAAGAUUCUUUUACUUGAUGAGGCUACAAGUGCUUUGGAUGCUGAAUCUGAGCGAAUAGUCCAACAAGCACUCAACCUGGCCUCAGUUGGCAGGACCACUAUUGUAAUUGCACACCGAUUAUCCACCGUCCAAAGUGCUGACAUAAUUGCAGUGGUACAGGCAGGCAGGCUCGUGGAAACUGGGUCCCACGAUGACCUGGUAUGUAAGGGUAACAGCCUCUAUUCGUCCCUUGUUCAUCUGCAACAGACAAGAAUCGUGAGAGAAACACGAGGAGCAGCUUCUUAUUCAUUAGCAAUGGCACCAGCCACCCCAUUUAGUGACAGCAGCAUCAAAAGAAUAAGCCACGGAAGCUCAACAUUCAGCUCACUGAGGCCUUUCAACAAUUCACCGAUGUUGGAAGGGAAUCCUAGCGAAUCCAGAGAUUGGGACCAUUGCUCUUCGCUACCAUCCUUUAGAAGGUUGUUGAUGUUGAACAUGCCGGAGUGGAGGAAUGCAGUUUGCGGGUGCCUGAGUGCACUAAUGUUUGGGGGAAUACAGCCAUCAGCUGCGUUCACCUUGGGAAGUCUGAUAUCUGUCUAUUUUCAAAAAGAUCAUGAUGAGAUCAAGAGGCAAACCAGGAUCCACUCACUCAUCUUCGUUUUACUUUCCAUCUUCUCCUUAUUGGUCAACACUGUGCAGCACUACAACUUUGGGGUGAUGGGAGAGUAUCUAACCAAGCGGGUAAGGGAGCAAAUGUUGUCCAAGAUACUGGCUUUUGAAGUUAACUGGUUCGAUCAGGAGGGGAACUCGACUGGAGCGAUUUGUUCUCGAAUGGCCAAUGAUGUUUAUGUGCUGAGAUCAUUAGUGGGUGAUCGGAUUGCUUUCCCCCUGCAAAUAUUCUCAUCAGUCACUAUUGCAUGGACCAUGGGUCUGAUGAUUUCCGGGCGUCUGGCCCUCGUGAUGAUUGCUUUCCAGCCUAUUAUCAUUUCCUGUUAUUAUGCUCGCAAUGUUCUCCUGAAGGGCAUAUCCAGUAAAGCUACCAAGACCCAGUCAGAUAGCAGCAAAUUUGCUGCUGAGGCCGUAUCCAACAUCCGAACUGUCACCGCCUUUUCCUCCCAAGAUCGCAUUCUGCGCCUCUUUGAAGUAGCUCAGCAAGGCCCCAGCAAACAGGGAAUCCACCAAUCCUGGUUUGCAGGAAUUUCCCUCGGCAUCUCAGAGAGUCUCAUGCGUUGCACCUGGGCCCUUGCCUUCUGGUAUGGGAGCCAUCUAAUUUUCAAAGGAUACAUCAACUCCAAGUCCUUCUUCCAGACAUUUAUAAUCCUCCUCACUACCGGCAAAGUCAUUGCUGAUGCUGGCAGCAUGACAACUGACCUUGCCAAGGGUGCCUCCAUGAUCAGCUCCGUUUUUAAUGUGCUUGAUCGGAUACCUCGCAUCAAGCCUGAAGAUCCCAAUGGCUUCCGUCCUCAGAAACUAAAAGGAAGUGUGAAUAUCAUAGAAAUCACCUUUGCAUACCCGACAAGGCCAAAUGCUAUAAUCUUCAACAGAUUUUCCCUCACUGUUGAAGCCAGAAAAUCACUAGCAUUGAUUGGGCAGAGUGGAUCAGGUAAGUCCACCAUAAUUGGGCUCAUUGAGCGGUUUUAUGACCCGAUACAAGGAAUGAUUAAGAUCGAUGGCAGAGACAUAAAGUCAUACCAUCUCCGCUCCUUAAGGAAACACAUUGCGUUAGUUGGACAAGAACCAACAUUGUUCAUGGGGAGUAUUCGGGAGAACAUUGCAUAUGGUGCAGAGAGUGUAACAGAGAUGGAGGUGGAAGAAGCAGCAAGGAAAGCUAAUGCUCACGAUUUUAUCAGCAGCCUCAAGGAUGGAUAUGACACAUGGUGUGGGGUUCAAGGGGGGCAGUUAUCAGGGGGGCAAAAGCAGCGCAUAGCAAUUGCAAGGGCAAUACUAAAGAACCCUGCAAUAUUGCUACUAGAUGAAGCAACUAGUGCACUUGAUGUCCAGUCAGAGAAGACAGUGCAGCAGACAAUGAAGCAUGUAAUGGUGGGAAGGACAUCCAUAGUUAUUGCACACCGCCUCGGCACCAUCAUGAAUUGUGACCUCAUUGCAGUAUUGGAGAAUGGGGAAAUUGUGGAGAAGGGGACCCAUGAGUCCCUCCUUGCAAAGGGAAACAAUGGAUCUUACUAUAAAAUGUUCAGUCUACAGAAAUGCUCAAAGGAUGACUCAAAUGCAAUUGCAACAUAGUGAACACGUUUUACUUUCCUUAAUUCUUAACUCACAAUCCCAUUCCAGGCAUCUUUCUAUUUUCUUGGGAUUCAACUUUCUCAAGAAUGUAAAGAACAUAAACAUUAUUUGUAUAUUUUUCUUAUUUCGUCGUUGUUGUGAACCCAUCCAUUCCCCAAAGUGGUAAGGAUUCUGUUGUGUUUUUAAUACUAAAAAGCCCAAGUUUAAAAAUGUAAAAAGGUGACAUCUUCUUUUGAUAAACACAAGGCUAAGAAACACACGGUUAAGCUUGUGUAAGAAACGAGUAAAAUUUUCUAAUACUAAGUUACUGCUGGUUGAAACAGGUCAUACUUGUGAGGCAACUAAUAUUGUUGCUUUACAUCAACUUGUUCUCACUUUAUUCUGUUUGAGCAUCUUUGUUAAUAAGAGAGGAACAAAUACAUCUUCCUACUCUUGAUUCCAGUGCAAUCAUGCCCUUCAAAUCCAAAUUAACCCAUCAAAUUAUUGCAUUACUUUUGAAUACUCAUCAAAGCAUGCCAUUAGUUCAUAUUCUCCAAUCAAAAGAGCAGCUGGUUCACGGUAUUAAAAGAUUAAACUACAAACGUGAGGAGGCUAAUUUCUACAAAACCAAGAUUGGACUCUUGCUAUAAGCUAUGAAGCACGGACACGGACACGGCGACACAGACACGACACGGACACGGCAAAACCCCAAAAAAUAGGACAUGACUAGAUUUUUUUAAUAAUAAUAAUAUUAUUAUAUAGAUAAAUUUAUAAAAUUCAAACAACAAACUAAAAUGU